CGACUACAGAGCGUCUCACCCUCUUGCCACAGUUCGGUUUUUACGUUCCACGGGUUUGUCCAGGGAGAAUAAUCGGGGGAGACCAUGUUUUUCAUUCCUCUGGUAGUUUGUUUGACGAGUCUUCUUUGCUCCGUCCCUGUCUCCUGUUGUGAUUACGAGUGUGCAGACAAACCUGAGUUCACUCCGUCCAGACUGAUCGUGAAAUACGGCGACUCUGUGUCCGCCACGUGCAAAGUGUGUCAGUCCUGCACCAAGUUAUUCAAUCUGCAGAAAGUGGUCGGACGUCACACAACAAACGGAUCCACGAUCACGUGGACGGUUGACAGCUUGACCGAGUGGAGAACGAAGGCUCUAUGCCAUUAUAGACAUGGUGAUAAGCGGUGCUGCAGCACCCUGUAUGUGAGUGCUUACAAACCUCCAGACAGUGUCUCCAUCAGCCUCUCUCACUCAGGCCCGAUGCUGGAGGCUCAUCCGUACACGCUGCGGUGCGACGUGCAGAACGUUGCUCCGGUUCAAAACCUGGUGGUGACCUUCUACAGGGGUCACACCAAACUGGCUCGACUGAAUUCCACUAGUGACCCACAGAAAGAACCACAGAGCGAGGGUUUCUCUCUGAGCAUCAAGGCCAGCAGAGCAGACGACGGAGCUCGGUACCGGUGUGAAGCCAAACUGAAGCUGGGACCUGACGGACCACAGCCCCCUCUAGUGGUGAAGUCACAAAAAAUCACCACCACCGUCCACUAUAAACCUCACGUGGAGAGGUCAUCCCAUCCGGACCCCAUCGUUGUCACAGUAGGAGACCGUCUCCAGCUGAACUGCUCAGCUGAGGGAAACCCCCCCCCGUCGUUCAACUGGCGGCUCCCUUUGCCCGGACGCCCAGUGCCCUCCCUCACCGCCCCCACUCUCAUCAUUGAGUAUGUCACCGUGAGGGAUGAUGGCAAGUACGUAUGUUUCAUCAGAAACCCCAUCGGGACGGUGGAGGCCACUUUCAACGUGCAGGUCAAAGAGUUGGAAACAACCAGUUUGCCUCCAACAACCACAGCCACAACCACAGCCACAACUACAGUCCCAACUACAACAGCAACAACUACAACAGCAACAACUACAGCAACUACAACUACAACAGCAACAACUACAGCAACUACAACUACAGCAACUACAACUACAGCAACUACAACUACAACUACAGCAACUACAACUACAGCAAAUACAACAACUCAAACAAACACCACUGCCCCGAGCAGCAGCACCAGCAUCGCACUGACUCGCUGGUUUAUGACGUGGUUCAUGAUUUUAUUCUCUCUCGUGAUUUGAGCUUCAGAGAAAUUAAGACCCAACAAUAAUAUGUAAUGUAACCAUGACGAUAUGCAGAGUAGCUCGCAUCUAAGGUCAUUGCUAUAAUUUCUGCGGCACGGCGCCAGUUCUUAUACUCACAAAAACAGGUUUAUA